CGUCACAUAUUGCGGCAGCCUCGAGGGAGAUACAAAAAUAGAGCCAUGAAUCUUUAGACAAAUCGAAACAAUUACAGGACGACUUUUGUCUGUCUGUGUGUACUGAAUAGUAGCAUGAAUCAUGGAAGAGCCAUAUGGCAAUGGAGUAGCUAGCCCUGCAUUUCAGUUACAGCUAGAACACAGCACGAGUUCCUCGCAAAUGAGUCAAAAACAUCCAACAAGUAAGCUCAAGUAUUGGAAUUCCAUGUAAUGUCUUCGUAAACUCAAGACCUUCAUUGGCCGAUAUUUUGAAAUUUUAAUUUUUUUACUUCCUUUUAGUGGCUGCAACAGCUAGUGAAGGGAGACACGGUGAAGGUAGACACGGUGAAGGUGAAAUUCAGUUUUCUCGCCUUGAGGCUCUACAUGUAGACCCGCAAAAACGUGAACUGUUGGAAGCAAGAUUUUCUACUCCUCGAGUAAGUGAACACCACGUUUUAGAAUUUUGAAAUCUGGAAAUACAUCUUGGGACAGUCCUUACAGGAGACUUUCACUCUUAGAAGAGUAGAAGAUAGAGAAUGUCUCGUGAUUAGAUAUUCGCGGCAGUAUACAGUUAGUAUACAUUCGACUGACAGCAACCAUCCUCUUGACUCUGAUGAUGACUUCUACCUAGGUUCUCGAAACGUCAGUCAUCACUUCCGUGUUACCAAGAAAACCCCUUCUCAGGAAUUCACUCAUUACAUCUCUCAGUUAGUACGUGCGCUACAACUGGUCUGCAACUUUUUUGUUCAAACCUCAUUUUGAUGUCAUUUGUGAUAUGUUGCUGAACAGAUGUGCACAAACAUGGAAUCUAUUUAUUAAAUUUACUUUACCAAUUUAUCCCUCAGAGUAUCAAUCAAGACUCUCAACACAGCAAUGCCAGUGUUUCUUCAAUAGCAAGUGAUAAAGAAUUUGAGGUAGCUGCAUAUUGUUCAGGUUAUACAGAGCGCACUUGCAUUUGCCUGGUACAGUUGUUACAAGUAUGUGUUUGGGCUGUCAUUAUGAAGCAAAGAUCUGACUUACUUCUCAUUCAGUGAGACCCUUUCAAAUGCUGUGCCCCUACUGACUUACCUAUAAUUCAAUUAUAGUGGAGAUACAGGUAACCACAUAAAGGUCUGUGACACCAUGAUAGAACAGGCUGUUUCCUUAGCCUACCAUGGGAAAAUGGACACUUCUAUCCACUAGAGUCUGGGAUGCCUUUGUCAAGCAUCAGCAGCCCUUAAGCCAUUCCUAUUUGGGUUGCAGCAAUAGCCUCAUUACUUUGUAGGUCUCUUUGUAAGAGGAAAAGGAGAAGGGAAUGAACCGCAACAGAAAUUGUCACCUUCCAAAAGCAUCCUGGCUCAUUGAUCCAGGAAGUGAGAGUGAAGCUGACUUUAUUCAAAUCUUCUUCACUUAAAUCCAAGUCAUAUGCAAGUCAUGGCAUCAUCCCAUUUUUUCAGCCUUCAUUUUCUGCAAUUCUUCAAUUUAUUGCAGUCCACUUGAAAGAAUGAUUUCAUCAUGUACACUGUAAUAAAUGAUUGUGUUGGUGUUUAUUCUUUUAUUCCUAUUGUUAUUGUAAUUGCUUGAAUACAUUUGUAAGAACAGUAUACACUGCAAAGUCAUACUGGUCAAUUUUAAAGGCCUGUAUGUUACUUUUUAAAGUGUCUAUGAAAUGGCAACUAACUUGUCUUUGAACCACUGCUUCCGAGUGAUAAAGCAAAUGUCUGAUAUAAAUACAAAGCAAAUGGUACUUAUGUUAAUUUAUGCAAUGUAUUUGAUCUAUAGUAAUUUCUAUACAGAGCAUCACACCAAGCCAGAGAAGUGAAAAACAUUUAGGAAGAAAACGGAAAGCAAAUGCAGAUGGAGAUUCCCCUGGUAUGGCAAAACCAUGUAUGCUUUGAAUUAUUUCUUUAGACAGAACUGAAAAACACCUGUUUUUGUUCAAGAGUCAAUUCUAGAUUGAACUGAUACAAAACUAGUUUAAUUUUUAUCUUCUAUUGUUCCAAGUACAUUACAUGAAUGAUAGAAAAUUUGUACUAGAUUGAUAUCAUUUUAACCUGGAACUUCUGUAGACUGCAGCAUACAUUUAACAAGCAGUUUCUCUUGGUCUAACGUGUUUGUUGGUCUGGAGAAAGUUCAGAGCACAUUGUGAAAGGUCUUUUUUAUUUCUUAUUCAUUGUAAGUUUAAAUUUUUGAAGAACUUUAUGAUGAUGAAUUUUAGCUUUGCUUUGCAGGUUUUCUUAGUAAAAGUGGGCGCUCAGAACCAACAAAUAAAAUCACAGAGUAUUUCAAGGUACAUUAAGACACUUUCAAUGUCUUAUUUUCUUAUACAUAUUGACUGAUCUUUACGUUUGAAGUUGUUUAUCUCAUGCAGUUAAAUGCAAUUUAAUGGGGUCAACAGCAAAGAGCAUCAGCACUCUCUAGUAGUCAGUGGUUAUUAUAACAUAGCUAGUAAAUUUGUCUAGUCAAAUUCAAUUGCACAAGUGUGCUUCAUAUUCCUAUUGUUCACGCUCAUGAUGUCAGCAAACAAAUCCCUCGAGAAAACAAAUUUUCCAUCGGGUUGAACAUGUUAUAAGACAAUUGGUUCAUACGUCAGCUGUACAUUCAUCGAGAUAUGAAGCACUUGGGAGAGCAAUCAAGAAGCUAGAGUUGCUUGAGGCUACACCUCGAGCAAUUCUUACGCAUCUUUUAUAAUUGUGUAGAUGUGUCAUGCUAGACUAAGAGGGAUAAGCUCCAGCUGAAUGGGCCACUUUGGUCUAAGACAGACUUAAUCCUUUAACUCUCAGAAGUGAUUUACAUGUAACUUCUCCCCACAAUAUCCAACAAACAGGUAAUGAGAUUACUCAAACUUAUCAGUGAGAGGUUGUUAUCAUGAUAGAAGACCAAAUUCUUGUAACUAAAUUACAAAGAAAUGUGUAACAGCUAAAUGAGAGAAUUAACAAUCAGAUCUUGGCAUUUAUAGGAUUAAUAUUUACUUUUUUACCUCUGAAUACAGAAUGAGAGUUCCCCAGCUCGACGAAGUCCACAGAAUCUCUUACCAUCAUUUACAUCUCAGGUAUUGCUUCUGUUACCCAAUGUACAAUGGGCAUAUAGAUGUAGAUGCAAUUAUUGGGUUAACUGUUUGUUUAAUGAUUAUAUCUGUUCAUUUAAUAUAGAACUGUGAAAAAGUUCACAAAAUUUGGUGGUUCUUGAACAAUGUACAGAUCUAUUUAAACAAAAUAGAAAAAGUACAAAAAGUAAGGGCAGCCAAAGUUGUGUUUGAGUUAUAAGCUCAUAUUGCUAAAUGUAAUAGUGAGGCUGUAAUGUUGUAGUGAAAACCUUAUCUGUCAAAAAGUAGUAAGAGCAUCUUGAGAAAUGACUGGGCUUUUUUUAUACAUUUGUGAAGGUAACACAGCAUUUUGUUAUCGACUUGUUGAAGAAGGGAAUUAUUUCAAAAUAACUGAUAAGACCAUUUUUAGCACUGUUUCCAUCGGAUAUAGAUGUAAUUCCUCAAUUACAUUUUCAGUUUCAAGCAGAUAGCAGUUCCACUCUUCCAUGUCCAUUGAAUGUCAAAGCUUGUCCUCCUGAAUCAGAGUCCGAUGGAUCAGAUGGCAUUGAGUCCGCUGGAAUAUUUGUUCACGAAUCCACACAGGUUAAGAAGUCUAAAGUAAAAAGAAUUUGCACUAAAAGGAGGAAUUCAAAUUUUUUUUUGCUUAGAGAAUGGAGAACUUGAUUGACCAUUAGUUAUGUGACACAAAUGUCAGAUUUAAAACUCUCUAUGGUAUCAACUCAAUUGAUGGUACUAAAUUACCCUAUCACCCAACAGAUAUGUAGCCAGUAAAGUGGGCAGAAGGUGGCAGUUAGACUGAAUUGUAAAUUUAGCCUAAAACACUAGAUCACUUGCCUUCAAUUUCUACACCAGAUUUUUUAAUUGCAGUUCUUCUGGUUUUUGUUUUUGUAGACAAACCUGACAACUGAAAGGCUGAAGGUACAGUAACAAGUUAUUAAUUUAAAACUUCUCAGUGAUUAAUUUUCCAUUUUUAUCAUUAUCAUUGGUAUCAGGAAAAUGAUGUACAUGUUACUUAACAUGAAAUUUUGUUAGAUGCACUAUCCACAUAGAAUUAACAACACAUGAAAAUUUAGAAUGAAUCAUUACUUACAAUGAACAUGAAGAUAAUAAUAUAUAAUCCUGUGUAGCCAUGUGCCAACUCUUCAAGCACCACAGACUUGUAAGUUAUGGCCUAUUGAAAUUCAGAUUACCAGUGAUAAGUUUUCAAACAACCAACGUCGUAUUUGUAUGGCUGAUCUGAUUGCUUUUAUUUAUGUGCUACAGCAGUAUUUUUUCAAGAAAUUUAUAGUAAUCAGAAAGUUAAGGGUAUAAACAUGUGAACUUUUUUUGUUUUGUUUCUUUUUUUCUUCAAACCAUACACUCAUGCUAGGCUUCAAUUUUGCACCCCCUGAUAAGUUUGAUUUGCAGAUUAAUUUGCAAAUGAUAUGAACAAAGAAUUGCAACUUUCUACAGAAAUUGUGUAAUUGUGUUGUAACAUUAAUCUAUCUUUAUAGGAAAUGGAAGAUUCCUUGUCAACUGGAGUUGCUUCAUCUCAGGAGAAGGAGAACAAGAUCACAGAACUUACGAGGGUAAAACUUGAAGAUUCUUCCAAAUAAUCAUUUAUUGUCAUACAGUAAUUGGGAAAAAUAUUCUAUUUAGCACAGUCUGUUUGAUUUUCUGUUUUCUGAUAUAAAUUUCUUCUGAUGGAUCAAUUCAGAUCAGUGAAUUGUGUUUUUUUUUUUUUCUUUUUUUUUUGACUGACAUGUAAUGAUUACAUUAUCAAAUAAACUCUGGUAUUACAAGGAUUUCCAGCCCUGAGCAGCAACAACACAUUAAAAAAAAAAACCAUAUUAAUUUUUACGAAGUGUUUGAUAUUGCCAAUCAGCUGCUGACACGUCACAUGCCUUUUGUGCCACUCUGUCAUGUUGAUGAAUGAAUGGCAAAUUAGCCUUCACAAUGCUAAAACACUGAAAAAUUUAUUACAGACAGUGACGUUCAAGAUUUCCUUGAAGGGGAAGAAAACCAAAAUACAAAAAAGAAAAACUUUGAUAAUUAAUGGUGUUUCUCAAGGCUGAAAGUGAAAAUUGACAACUGGAAGAUUUUCAACAGGCUGAGUUUAGCUGUGUAUGUGAAAAGAUUUCUUCUGUCAAUUAGGAAGAAGUCAGUAACUGAGAAUUUUGUUGAUUGAAAGUUACCCCCAUUGUUUGUUUUUUCAAUGCGUUUUUUCAUCCUUGGCCUAAUCAAGAAAUGCAUUAUGUGACUCUUUCUAGGGGUGGAUCCUAUUUUUUUCAGUCAUUAAUAAUUUGAAGACUUUUCUUGCCAAUUAUAGGGCUAUAUUGUGUUUAUACAAUAAACCAAAAAACGCAAGUCUUGGUUGCUUGUAGAUAUGAAAUUUCUCUUCUCAUGUUCAACUUGAUAUGAGUGGUAGAUGAAGUUGAACACUUGAAGAUGAGUUCCAUAUCCAUGUAUGCCCAUGUAGUAUUCCCUAUUUUCAUGGUAAUUGAUUAUAAUUACAAUAAAGUUAUACACAAUGGUCAGGAGUUGUCAUUUUUAUUUGCGGUUUCUCUGCAGUUGGUUGAUGAAUACAAAAGCCAAGUUGAUGCUCAUCAGGUACAUCCAAUUUCCACUUUUAUGAACCAUUUGUUCAACAACUACAUGCGUUUAAUGAAACAGAAAAGAAUUGGCACAAGUCUUUGCAGCUGCUGAGAUUGAAUAGAGCAGUAAAAGUAUAAGAUGUAAAUCUUUGUUUCCCAUUGGAUUUAUAUACAGUGUACAUCUUGAUGUUGUUCUUUUGAACCAAAAUUCCAGAAAACUUUUGAGAAGGUGAAAGAAAGUCUUGAGAAGUGUAUGGAAAUUAACAAGAAGUUGUUAAUAACAGCGGUAAGUUAAUUAAGAGAAUUUGUUCUAUUUUUUAUUUCAACCAUCAUCAUCAUCAUCAUCCUCCUCAUCAUUAUCAUCAUCAAGUUUGUAGUUCUUCUCUUUUUUCUCAUCAAUAUAGCUAUUUUCAUUUUCAAUGACCAAUUCAAAGUUAGAAAGCAUUUAUUGAUAAUUUGUGCUGAAAAUGUAUUUUUUGUUUGUUAUGAUUCAUGUGUACCUUGGGAAAUGCCACAUGGAAGAGUAUUUGUCCAAACAUUAACAUUUUUUUGCAUUUUCUUUGGGGGCUUAAUAGUCCACACUUGAAAAGAAAGCCGGCCGAGAGAUGUGCAUGAAGAACAGAUUGAAACUUGGUUAUUUUGUUCCUGUGAGGUAACUGAAAAAUUAUAUAAUAUUUUAUGUUAUUUUCUCUUUGAACAACUACAUGUAACUUCUGAAUAUUUCUACCACCUAGAUGAAUUACAUAGACCCAUGAAUUGCCUAUAAAAUUAUCAGAAAAAUUCCAAGUGCAUGAUACAAACAAAUAAAUGCAUUACAUUGUAAGUUUAAGUCAAACCUAAACUCUGCACCCUCAUGGUAACAGCAAUGGCUAUAACAAUCACUGGCAAUUUGCUGACAUUUCAGUUUUAGCCCAAUGAAUGUAUGGUUUGUAAUUUAUUUAAAGAGACAUAAUAUAUUUUUUGUUAUUUCCAAUAUUAUUCAGUGAUCUCAGCAAUAAAUUUGCAAAGUUAUAAUUUCUGACAUUAUCACAUUUAGCAGAAAUGAAUAUGUACUAGGCUUGUCCAUAUAUUUUUCAAUUCUUAACCCAUUAACUUCUAAGAUCUGACUGCUAAUUCUCCCCUCUAGCUACGACAUAAUUAUCUCCUUUUAAAUUAGUAACAAGAAUUUGGUGUUAGAUCAAAACAACAACUUCUACUUGAUAUUUGAGUAUUCUCAUUACCUGUUUGCUGGAUAAUUUAUGGAGACUGCAGGGAGAAGUUAGAUGUUAAUCACUCCUGAGAGCUAAAGGGUUAAAAUGCUGUUGCUGUAUAUAUGUAGUUAAGUUUAAAUCUGCGGCAAGCUGUUUUAGUUCUGUAAGUCAAUGAAAAACUGCAGUAAAAUUUGUCUAUGUGAUUGGAGUUAAUUAUUUCCCUGCAUUUGUUAUUGGAUAUUCAGGCAAGGAGUGUCAUUUGUAGAGAACUGGGUGGAUGGACAUGCAUUUAAAGAAUUGACAGUGUAAUUAUCUCUUUUUUUCUUACACCAUUGUGAUUUCUCUAUCACUUGAAUUAUACAGCCAUCCAUUUUGAUUGGUUUGUACCAAUGAUCUAGUGAAGGACAGAUGCAUUGCUGACAACAUCACCAUUCACUGCAUUUUGCUUUUCAUCAUAUUAAAAAAGAGAUUUCAUGUCCCUGCGUAUCUGUUCUGGGAUAUAGAUCACAAAGACCUGAAAAUGUGGUUUAAGAACAUCAGUUACAUGCUUGGUAGCUUAUUGUGUGCCACUUUUUUGUUCUUACUGCUGUAUUUUGAUGUUGUCUCUGAUCUAUUACUGAAAAGAUGCACGGCAAUACGGAAUCUUUUUGUUGGAGAGAAAACAUUUUAUUGGUUCAUAUGUCAAUUGAAUGGGAGGUUUGGGUUCUAACUCUGGCAACUUGGGUAGUAACUGAUGCACAAUUGAAAACAUGAGUUAGUUAUUAAAGACAUUACUGAUGUUGAAAUCUGCAACAAAUCACUGGAAAACUAACAAAUUUUAAAAAGUUCCUUAUUACAGUUUCAGCUUUCAAUUUUUUAUUCCUGUUUGUCUUUUUGCAAGUCAUAACCAUCAAUCAGUUGAUAAUUAACAUUUGCAAGGUUCAGAACAAUUGUUAUGAAAAUUAGAAUAAAUAGUAUUAUUAGUUUUACUCUUACUAUUAUCUACUAUCUUAUCUUUAUUUUAUUUUACAAAUACUGAUGAAAUACCCAGGAUUUUUCCUUUUACUGAAGGAUCAUAUCUUCAUUGCAUGCGGUGAAGAUACUAUUUUUAUCUUUCACAUGCAAGGAUAUUGGUGUCGCCAUGGUUACUAACAUGAUUAGCCGAUUACAAGAGAGCUUCCCGCUCAGGCAUGCAGCUGGUUCUUUUGAAAUUUCAUCAGUAUAAAUAAAAUAAACAGAACAUAACAUGGCCGCUUGGGGAUAUGAAUUUGAUCUGCGAGUGCUGAAAGUAUCUCUCAUGAUUGAACAAAGUGAACAAGUGAGAGAUACUUUCAGCACUUGAAAAUAAAAUUCAUAUUCCCGCACGGCCAUGUGAUAUCCUCUGUAUCUUUAUUCUUUUAUAUUUUUAGUCAGCAAGAAAGGAUCAAUCGACAGAGAGAAGAAUUAGAGAAACAGAAAAAAGCUUUGGCAAAAAGAAAACCUGUUUCAAAUACCACAAGUAAGUUUACAAACCAAGUAGAUACAUAUUACUAAAUAGUUUAUAAGUUUACAAGUGUUCUGAGUUCUAACUUGUAUUUUUUAGGGGGCAAUGUUUUCAAAUAUGCAAUGAAUGCUUCAAUGUUAUUUGAUGAUAACUUGAAACUGAUAGAACCACAAAUUAUUGUGUAUUAUCCAGAACUCCCAUAUUUCCUUGUCUUGUUUUUUGAGAGUUGAACCAAUUUUGUUUCUAGUUAUAAUUUUUAAUGAAAUUUCAUUCAACCUGUGGGUGAAAAUCAAGUAAAGAAAUUAUCUUUGCUGGCGGAAAGCAAUUUUAAGCAAUUGCAGCAAAAGAGCUGGGGAAUAUGCAAUGAAUGCUUCAAUGAAUGCUUCAAUGUUAUUUGAUGAUAACUUGAAACUGAUAGAACCACAAAUUAUUGUGUAUUAUCCAGAACUCCCAUAUUUCCUUGUCUUGUUUUUUGAGAGUUGAACCAAUUUUGUUUCUAGUUAUAAUUUUUAAUGAAAUUUCAUUCAACCUGUGGGUGAAAAUCAAGUAAAGAAAUUAUCUUUGCUGGUGGAAAGCAAUUUUAAGCAAUUGCAGCAAAAGAGCUAAGGAAAAAAAUUAGACCUUGAACCCCUGCCUCCUCCUGAGACUAUUUGGCUGCUAUUAUCAACUGAUUUGCAAAGCCACACCUUGGGAGUGAGGCAAAUUUUAUUUAUUUAGUUACUGUUAUUUUGUCUUUGUAUUAGUAUUUUUCUAACUUUUUUCCUUUGUAGUUGGAUCUAGAGAGGAUCUCAAACUUUUGAUUAGAACAAGGGACAGUGUACAUUAAUUUAGUCGAAUACUUUAGAACUGUAGUCCCUACUUAAAUUGUUUUUAUUUUAUAGAUAUGAAAGAAAAAAGACCGUCUAAGUCUGCCAGCACAGAUGGUGAUCAAUUUGCAAGACCAACAUCACCUGUGUAAGUACAGUGUGCUUAUGUGGAGGACAUCUGUACAAGAUUGUUUGCCUUCAAUAGUUGUGGCUAUCUUGGGAAUCACAGAAUAUGUUAGAUACAUCUAGUUGCUAAAAAGUAGAAGAUAUACAUCUAAUUAACUAUUAAUAAGGGUAAUAGGAGCCAGUUGAGUCCUAUUUGGUCUAUAUUUAUACAAGUGAUCAGCAAAAUUGGAUGACCAUGAGGUGGGAGUCCAAUUUGUUAAUCACAACUAUGAUUACAGACAGAAUUGGAUCACAGAAGUGCUGUUACCAAUUAAUCAUAACCGUUACAAUUUUAAAGUCCCAACUCAAAACUCAGUUCUCAAAAAAAAAUCUCAAAAGUUUUGAAAGUCAGAAUCAAUAUUCAAGGUUUAAGGUUUGAUUUUCCAGAAGCAAGUGUUGAGUUUUUAUACAUCUUGAUCUGCAUUUUUUGAGGAAAUGAUUUAAUUAUUUAUUAUUACAGCAAGAUAAUGGCAAAGGACAAAUUGCUUGACACAUGUCUUCCUUUAUGACACAAACCACUGUCUACAUAUGUAAAUAUUUCAUUUCACGGCUGUGAAUUGAAGCAAUCCAUCCACCAGAAGCUGCCAUAGGUGUAUCAUGAUGUAGAGAUUGGGACAACCUCUACCAAUUGAACUGAGCUAGCUGAUUUUUGAUGCUUCUUACAGAAAUUCUGAAUCAAUAACGUUGUACAUGUACAGUCAUUAUUGAAUACCCUGUUAAAACAUGCAUCUGCUCUACUAUAUAAAUACUUAGGGUUUCUUAACAACUUAAUGAAUUAUUUUGUUUUGUAUUCUCGUAUUUCAACAGACUUUCUCCAAUGGAGUACCAUGAGAGAGAAGAAAUCUUAAAACUCAGGGCAAUAGCGCUGAAAAAGGUACCAUAUUCUUGAAACUGAUUUUUAAGGAAAUGUUUAGCAAUUAGGGGGGUGAAUUAACAGUCACAUCCUGGGAUUUCAAGGGUCAAUGCAUUAAAUGGUUCGAUCCCAGGUGUGCGAUGCGAUCAUAUUGUCUGUGCAUUUAUGCCUGUAAUGUUACUUAUCACGCGCACUAACUCAUCGGUUCACUGUGCAUUUUGCGCAAGCUGAAAGCAAGGGUUUUAAAAUUUGAAAGAAAUAUUUCAGAGGCGCUUGCCUAUUCGCCUAAUUACGUGAUUUUAUGCGCAGUACAGGAAGCGCAGUGCUAUACUGAGGAAUCACCUGAAAUUAUAUUAUAACAGUUUGGACUCAGUACUUGUUUAAAGGUUUCGGACACACAAGGAGGAAGUUCUUUUCCAUAAGUGAGAGCAGGAGCAUGGCUUGAAUUCCUUUUGUAACUGCUUGUAUAUUUCAUGAGCCCAGACACCAUGCUAGAUUGAAUACACCUGUUAAUACAGCUGUAAUUUGAUAUUGUCAGUACAGGAACAUGUAUAUUUUGUACAGUGUUUGCAUCUUGGUCUUUUUUGUGGCCUACGAGAGCAUAACUUGUGCAAGUAUUGAAAUGUUAUCCAGUGAUAUUAUCUUUCGAUCUACAUCAACCCUUAGCUCCCAGAGGUGAUUAACACGUGACUUCUUCCCAUGAUAUCUAUACAUUAUCUAGCAAACAGGUAAUGAGAAAACUCAAACGUAUCAGGUAGAAGUUGUUAUCGUCAUCUAGCACCAAAUUCUCCGAACUAGAUUACAAGGAGUUGAAUAGCAGAUAAAAGGGAGAAUUAACAAUCAGAUCUUGGGAGUUAAGUCAGCAUAUUUCGAUAAAAUGAUGCUGACAUGUGUCUGUUUAUUUGCAUCUUUCAGGAGGAGACCGACCUUCAAAUGGAAUUAGAAAAAUUGGACAGAGAAAGGAACCUUCACAUUCGAGAAUCCAAAAGAAUACAUAAUGAGGAUAACUCAAAGUGAGUCAGACAUUUGAAUAACCUCUCCGGCAAUAUAUCACGAUUGUAUUUAUCGAUGAUGUUAUCGGAACGCUUGUCGAUUGAGUGUUGUAAAAUCAAAACUAAAGUCGAUGCAACGACCAAUCAGAAGAAAGGAAAAUAUCCUUAGGAACCAAUGAGAACUCAAACAGAAACCAAGCAAACUGCCCAAAACGCGGGAAAACGCGGGUGACCAAAUCGUGAUUGGCGCUACUUUUGCAUCUGAUUGGUUAAGAAAUUGGAGCGGGUUUUCUGGAAGAAUUACAGAGCGUAGUAAAGCAAGACCAAUGCUGUCUUGGACUACUUUCAACACUCAAUUUUAUAUAGGCUGCGUACAUAAUGGCUCUUUCGGCACUAAAUGGAAAAAGAAGACCGCUGAGCCGCCUAAACGAUCAGUGGAGCCGCAGGUUGUAAUUCACUGAACACAGCAAACGUAUGUGUGAUUAGGUGUGGAUUUUUAGUUUUGUUGGCUAUGAAUCAUAUCAUUUUAUCUCAAUAAUUUCCUCUUACUAAAUUAUGGCUGACUUGUUUGAGAAGGCGUAUUUUUAAACGCUCAAGCCUGGUGUAUCUGUUGAGUUUCUGUGGGAAGUGUCUGAGAAGAUUAGUUUUACCCUCUAUAUGGAUUUUAACGCAAUUGAAACACGGAGGACGCUGGUGGCAGACGUUGAGGUGAAAAGAAAAGAAUAAUGAAAAAGUCAUGUGAUGUAAUCAAUAACCUGUAUUACCAUUAAGUUUUUAUCAUUUACAGGUUUAAAAAUCACCCGACCUUAAACGAAAGAUACUUGUUACUAAAUUUAUUAGGAAAAGGAGGCUUCAGUGAAGUUUAUAAGGUAACGUAUUUUAAUAUUUUAAUACUUUAAAAAUGACGAUACCAGUGGAUAUUAACCCUUAGACACAAUAAGAGUGAUUAGCAUCUUACUUCUCCUUACAAUAUCGCCUCUAAAUCAUACAAUAAGGUCACGAGAAUAAAGGUUAUGAUCACCAACUAAAGAAGCUCUUGAUUGUUAGAUAAAUUCUCCUUGUCAGCACCUUAGGAAUGUAUAGAGAACAGUAUGGAGAAUAUACUUACUGAUAUUAGAGUGUAAAGGGUUAAGGGGUUUAAUGAAAACACAGAAAUUCUUGAAGUGAAAUGAGUUAUCGGGUGCACUAUCACCCACCCUUAACAUAGCUGUCCUCAUAAUAAUUUGUUCAUUGAGUCAAUUGAAGAGUUGUGUUCCUGUUCCAGGGAUAUGAUCUCAAAGAGCAUAGAUUCGUUGCGUGCAAAAUACAUCAGUUAUGUAAUGACUGGAAAGAAGAAAGGAAAACAAACUACAUCAAGUAAGUUUGGAAGCGUUCAAGCCUGCUGGCUCAUCCUCCCCAAAUUAAUCCUUUUUCCUGUUUCACAAGGUAAAGGCAAAGAAGUAUUUUCACUUUCCCUUGAUGAGAUGCUUAUCUCAGUAUACCAGAUUUCCCCAGCACUUUUUCAGAGAAUCCUGACAGUUCGCCGGUCCCCCGCUAUACUCUCAAGUAGAGUGGCAUUGUGAUCGUAAAGUGCUAUGCAAAAAGUUUAGUAAACUCGUCCUAGAGCGUGAUGACAACUGUUAACAGUUAUGUUUGUUCCUGUUUUGAUUUGUUUUAAUUGUUAAGUUUCUUACGUGACGCAUUCAGAAGAUGCGCUUUCAUGAACCUUACACUCGAACCAUGACCGACUCCAUCAAAAUCAACUGCCUCCCAUUUUGGUUAUUUUACUUUAGAAGUACGGUCUCUUUUACAGCAGUUCUUGGGAAUGUUGUGCGACAAUCCCGCUAAACUCAUUUUUAACUGUUUCGAUGAUUUCCACAGGCAUGCUCUGCGUGAAUACAAUAUUCAUAAAUCUCUUGACCACCCUGUGAGUACUUUUAAUUUCUGGUUUUUCCGUGCCAUGUAAUUUAUUUUCAAGGAACUUUUUCGCGACAAUUUAGGCCAUCUUCUGUCUCAAGCAAAACCACUUUCAAUUUGAAGGAAGAAUGAAAAUAGCAGCUUGAUAAGAUAGAUUGUAGCAUAGCUUUGCAAAAGCACGCGCUCUGAUUGGCUAAUAGGAACAAUUUGCACGUGGGUUGCAUGCUGUUGCACGGUCCGGAAGUUUUACGCGCCAUUCGCAGCAAAGCGGAAAAAACAAAUCAGCUGAAAAAGAAAAGUUAUUUAACGGUCCAAAUCGGUUCGUAUGGCAAAAACCUGCUCUCGGCUGUCGGCCUCGGGAAGCAUUCAGGACCUCUGGCAGAGCUGGUUUUUCCUAUAGGGACCUUCCACACGGUAAAUGAAAUAUAUCUAUCUCCUCGACGGCAAUGUUACUUUACAUUAUUUGAUUUUACUGAAGCUACAAAUUAUAAAACUUUCAAUGAAUUUUAGGUGUUCACUUAUUUUUUCUUUCCUUUCAGAGAAUUGUUCGCCUCUACGACGUUUUUGAGAUUGGGCAACACUCGUAAGUUCUCAUUGCCGUAAAAUUAAACAAAAAACAAAAGACAAAAAACAGAAAGUAAAAACAAAACAACAAACAAAACAAAAAAGAGACUCUUUUUUUUAAUAUUUGAUUAAAAUCGCGUCGAUGAAUGUACAUUACGCAAAUGAAAACAUAAUUUGAUUUUUAUAGUCAUGUUUUAAAACUCCGUUUGUUGUUACUUAAAGUUUCUGUACCGUUCUGGAAUACUGCGAUGGAAAUGACUUGGAUUUCCUCUUAAAACAACAUAAGACAGUGCCUGAGAGAGAGGUAAGUUACGCAAUGUAACACCACAUGUGUUAUGGUGAUUAAAGCAAGUGAACCAAGUUUCCGGUGGACAAAAAGUUCGCAAUCUGUAGCUACAAAUAGUUGAUUAAAUUCUUUAUGUUGUUUAAGGAGCUCAUGAAAUGAACGAAAUUCAUGCACACUUCAGCAACGUUGACACAGAAUCUAAUUCACCAUGUCCAUAUUUCAUGGAUGUUACUUAAAUGUUUUCGUGGUAAAUUUCUUCCUUAACGGUCUAUCAUUAGUUUUUGUGGCAGAACCAACGGCCACAUUUGAGAAUUCCAAACAGAAGAAUCCUUUGUAAUUUCCUCCCGUUGAUACGGCCAUAAGUGCUAAAUUUACAAAACCGGCGGCUUAGUAGCCGAUUUAAAAAAGGGUUCUAUAUACUGAGUGAAGUUUGAAAUUGUUUAUCAAAAAGAACAGUUGCGCGGGCCUUAGAGUCUUGAAAUUUGACCCUACCCCGUUAAUACGGCCAACCCAGUUGAUACAGCCAGGUUGUUUUGGCCCGUAGGUUACUGUACUAUCGGGGUUUUACUGUAGUAGCCACUGAUGUUCUUUUUCCACACAGGCGAAGUCUAUUGUCACGCAGGUAUGUUGUAUUUGAUGGCUUGUUUUUGUUUUUGCUGAGGAAAAGUAAACUUAACGUGAUACAAUAGAGUUUAAAGUGUCUAGAAAUUUGUUUUUAAAUACUGGUGAUGUUUUAUUGCUGUAUUAUUGCCACAUUGCUCAGUACACGUGCGUGUUCUCGAACAUGCAGAUUAGCACAAGUCGUUAAAAUGAGUUUAAAUUUGGUGCUAAAAAUGUACCAAUAGUAAUAACAAUCGAAGAACAUUUUGAUGACUUUUUUAGCUUGUUGAUUUCAGACUGUAAGUGCUCUCAAGUAUUUGAACGAGAUCAAACCCCCAGUCAUUCAUUAUGACUUGAAACCUGGUAAGAAAUGCGUUGUGUUGACGUCAGUACAUUGUAAGAGCAGCCUCGGAGGCGACCGAAAAUGACAAAGUCGCAGCUUCCGCGUAUUUACCUCUGAGUGGCUACAAUAAGUAAAUACUAAACAGUGAAUAGCGUUUAAGACGCGCUUAGAUUUGCUACUCAAACUUCGAAUAUCCUUUGCUACUCAAUUUCGAGCAACUCGAGCAGAAUUUGCACCCGAAAAUAUUGCAAUUGUUGCGGAAACAAAAGAGUUAGAAUCCUUCCUUUUAUGUGGAAUAUUAUCUCACUAAAUAUCCACCAUUUGUCGUAUCCGCUUCGGUGAAUAGUUGUUAAUCGGCGAUAAAGUUUGGUGACACAUUACAACUUAAACGUGUAUAGGUAAGAGCAGGAGCGCUCCUGGUAAGAGUCAUUACUCAACAAGUAUCUAGUUUACUAAUUGUCUUCUUGUUUUCUCAACAGGUAACAUUCUGCUGGUGGGUACCGGCGCACUCAGUGGGGAGGUGAAGAUUACAGAUUUCGGUCUCAGUAAAGUAAUGGAUAACAGUGACGAUAGUAUGGAUCUGACCUCUCAGGGGGCCGGUACCUACUGGUACCUCCCCCCCGAGUGCUUUGUUGUCGGAAAAGAGCCGCCAAAAAUCUCCUCCAAGGUAACAAGAUAUAUCAGUCGAAACUUGUUUAAGAACUGACUACCGGGAAUUUGUAAUUGUCAAAUUUUGGUUUUGGGGGAAAUUUUUACUGAAUAAGGUUGGUUCUAUGGUAGAAAACGAGUGAACAAAGAGGGCCAAACUUUAUGUGGCAAAAACAGCAGGUGAGUGAGUCUAAGCGGAGUACCAGAAUGGUGGUACAAGCGAGUAGGAUGUCUUCUUGGUGUGCUUCUUUCGAACUCCUGUGUAUAAUUUCAAAGGUUCGGUCAACAGGUUUGUUUAAGACUUAUAGUACACAUGGUGAUUGAGGGAUAGCGAGUGAGUAGUGAGACACUAUUUCAAGGCCUAUCAACCCAGGAUGAGUGUAGUAGAGGCUGGAGCGAAGAACCGCGUCUUCAGUUGAAGACUACAUAUUCUUAUCCAUGUCUUGCCACAGAGCUUGAAGAGAAGGAGAGCUUUAAAUAGCGCGCGUGUGUGAAACAACAACAGCCCCUCGACCAAGACGGAAAUUCUCCUUGCAUUUAAAAAACAAUAUCAAGCAGACAAGUGAUGAUGAUAAAGAAAAAUGUCAAUUAAGGGAUUAUUAAUUGAUCCAAUACCAAAAUCUCCGAACUUACAUCAUAAGAAUUGUGUGGCGGGCAGUAAGGAGAAUUAAUACUGAGAUCUUGGGGGUGAAGGGGUUUAGUUUAGACACCUGUUGCAAAGAGACAGUGAUAAGGAGAAAAUCUUCUGCCUCACGUUUCCUUGAAAGACAACGAGUGGUUUCCGUUUUAUUUUAUUGAUUCGAUCAAUUGCAGUGAUGCCUCUUUCUCAAAAACUGUUCGGAUGAUUUUGGUGUAUUUGAUAUACAUUUUGUUCUUUUUUUCCUCAGGUGGACGUUUGGUCAGUGGGAGUGAUAUUUUUUCAAAUGCUUUAUGGAAGAAAGGUAAGUCCGUGCCUUGUUGUUAUCUGAUACAGCUAAUAAGAUGAUCUUACAUAUAAAUCUUAUUGAAUGAAAUGCGCUCUCUUCAUUAGACUAUUUUACUUUUUAUUGCGCUGGAGUAUUUUUGGGUAUUUUAUAUCUAUAUAUUUCUUUUUUCACAAUUAAAUUCUAAUCUUAAAAAUUGUUCAUUACAAUUUUUCUUCAAGCCAUUUGGUCACAAUCAGACUCAAGCAGCAAUUUUGGAAAACAAUACCAUAUUGAAGGCGAAAGAUGUCGACUUUCCGCCCAAACCUGCUGUUAGCAUUGAGGCAAAGGUAUGGCUCAAUUUAAAGCUAAGUUUACCAAGGUCUUUGUGGAUCAGUCAGUGUGCACGUCACAGAAUGCUUCAAUGGAAUGGUGCUAGAAAAAUAAAUGACUAGAGAAAGCUGCCAUGCUAAAAUCCUGUCAGAUCUCCUAGACAGUGUGUGCGUUUAUUCCUUUCCUUGCCCGGCUAGUUUCAGUUAUGAACCCUUUUCUGCUUCCCCCGGGUGUCUUCUGUAGGAACUUCUAUUAAUUGCCUAGAACAAGCAUCGUCGUUAAUUCAGAUACCAUGUCUCUUUGAAACGUUCUUUCCACAGAAUUUCAUUCGUCGUUGCCUGAUGUAUCGGAAAGAAGAGCGAGCGGACGUUUUGACGCUAUCAGAGGAUCCCUAUCUUAAGCCACCAAUGAACAAGAAAAACAGCUCCGUGACACAGACGUAACACAGCGCAAUGACAUUCGUAACGUGACUUGUUCCACGUGAAGUAACGCAAUGUCAGCUGCCAGGUGACAUACUCGGUGGUUACGGAUGGCAACCUCAGACAUUCCUUUAGAGGAGAUGUCUCUAGCGGGCUAACCAUUUGCGAAGAGGGUUUGAUAUGAACGUCUGCGGAAAAAGAGGACAUAUGAAAUCAAAGAAAUUAUCACCAAGAGUGUGGUUUUUGAGCUUUACGUGAGUACAUCCAGGAAGCGAAGAGAGUCAUAAUGAUUGGACAUUCAGUUUCUGAGCUUCAAAAGGUAGCAUUUGUCUUAAACGUAGAUGCCGGCGUUUUCAAAUUAACUGUUUUCCUAUAGUUGUGUUAGCUUUGUAAAAGUUCACUUUAAGCUAGAUGAUGUACACUGUGUAACACUGAGUCUAAUGAUCUUGGUACGUUGAUUUGUAAGGGUACGGUUAGCACUUUUCGUCAGCUGAAAUUACAUCGGCUCUUAAUCGUCCGUAUCUGCCCCGAGUUGGCCAAGCAAAUGAAGACCGGAACUUAAAAUAUUUGUCGGAAUAAGUAUGUCCUUUAAUGUUUUAAUCAAAUUAAACAGAACUACUUAAGCAUAUGAAUCCUGAUUUUUCGGGGUGUGUGUGUUUGCUACACAUUUCCACUCUUAAUGAGUACUCUCCUGUAAAAUCUUUCGGCCAUCUCACUCUAUUGUCAUGCCUCUAUGUAAUACGUGGAAAAACUAAUGGAAGUGGUAUAAAAAUAAAGCUGCUCCUUUCCCUUUCCUUUGGUAUUAUUUAAUAGACAAUUUCUGAGGUACAUGGCAUUUCGGCCUCAGCUGGCUGCAACAUUUCUCAUAAUGCCAUGUAACUCAGUAACUAUCCAUUAAAUAUUGUUGUAUUCUCGUCAGACUUCUUAGCCAAAUCAUCCGUUUGGGGAAAGCAGAACGACCGAGCGAGGCCACAUGGUGAUUUUGGUGGUAAAAGGGAGGAUCUUCAAAAUUUACUUUGUUGCAGUUGAACCUGUAUCGCUCUCUGUGGGGUGAAAAACGGAC